AAUAUUCUUGCCUACCCCCAAAUCAAAUUAUAAACUAAUAUUUGUAAUCCUCAAUUUUGAUGUCAUAUACAGUCAGACACUUUACACUUACUCAGAACCAUCUCUUCCAUAAGAGAUGCUCUCUAGUGUCUAUUUCUUGUUGAAAUUGCUUAUAAUCAUCAGAAACUUUUAAAAGCAAAAGAACACGACCUUUUCCAGUAAAGACUUUUUGAUCUUGAAAACCCAAAAGAAAAAGAAAUUAUUAUACUUCCCUUUCACUUUCCUAACUAAUAAAGUAACAUUUUCAAGACUGAUGUGGGUUUAGACUUACCCUCUAGUCUCUGUUAUGCAACUUCGCUAGCUCUUUACCAAGUCAUUUUCUUUGUUUCCAAAAACUUAGUAGCAAAUUUACCACUUUCUUUCACUUGGGUUUUGUUCAUUAUCCCAUUUUCAAGAAUCAAACAAAAGUAACCUUCACAAGAAAUGAAGAGCUUCAAAAGUAGGUUUCUUGAUAGGUUUAAGUCCAUCCCAUCUAUGUACACAUCAAAACAACACAUAUUAGUACCUAUACCCCUUAGCUGCAAAUCCCCAGAUAGAUUCUCUACUACUCUAACCCAACAAAAUCAUACAAACACCAGAGAACAAGAAAACUAUGGACAUAUUAUGUCUAAUGACCCAUUAGUACCCACCAUAGAAAUCGAUGUUUUUGAAGAAUGUGAGUGUGAGUUUGAUGAUUCAAUGCCUGAAAUGGUGUCGUCUUCCUCAUCAUCGUCUUCGUGUAAUUCGUCUCCUACUCGAGAAAACUGCAAGGACACUGAAAAUGAUUUGGAGGGCACCCAAGAAUUGCUUACUUUUAAGGAAAUGUGCCCACCAGGAGGGAUUGACAGAGUUGUCUUAUACACAACUAGCCUAAGAGGUAUCAGAAAAACUUUUGAGGAUUGCCAAGCUAUCAAGUUUCUUCUCGAUAGUUUUCGAGUAUUGUACCACGAAAGAGAUGUUUCGAUGCAUCUUUUGUAUAGGGACGAGCUUUGGAAGGUCUUGGGGGGUCGGGUUUUACCCCCAAGGCUAUUCAUUAAAGGAAGAUACAUUGGGGGAGCUGAUGAGGUUGUUAUGCUUAAUGAGGUUGGAAUGUUGAAAAAGUUGUUGCAGGGGAUGCCGGGAAGUGAUCUGGAUUCGAGUGUUAAGUGCUUCAAAUGUGGUGGAUUUCAGUUUUUUGUGUGCUCGGAUUGUAAUGGAAGUUGCAAAGUUUACAAAGGUGAUCAAGGAAAUGAGGGUAGUUUGUUUGUUAAGUGUACUAAGUGUAAUGAGAAUGGGUUGAUCAUCUGUUCUUGUUCUUACUAGUUAAGAGUGAUGAUAUAAGUAGUAGAGACUAACAUUAUUGCUGUCCGUUUUAUGGCUUAUAGUAGUGUGAUUGCUUGUAUAUGAUUAUUAGAUUGUAGAAUAUGGUAUGAAAUUCAAUGCAAGUAGUUUUACAUUUUCAUUACUGUCAUAGUCAUAUUUAGUAAUCAAGUA